AUGGCUUAUUCAGCCAAUCAAAUUCGUAAUAAGGAACAGCAUCGAGAAGACAGGAAGGCACAUAACGAUAUUACGAAUAAAUGCGUUUCGGAAAAUUUUAGAAAUCCAACGUGGAAACACAAAUCGAAUGAUAAUAAUGCACCACAAUCGUCUAUAGUAUUACGAAAUGGUAUCACGUGUGACCACAGCUGCGGUAAUGGUAAUUUAGUUCCUGGUAAUAGUCAUAGAUUCUAUCGUUUUUAUGGGGACAAAGCAUAUAAUUAUUAUGCAGUAAGAGCAUUAAAAUUAAAACUUCCAGAUGCAACUAGGAAGGAAUUUGUAAAAAUUACUGGUGUAUUAGUUACAAGAAAAUUUUUAUCAGAAGUGGCAAAAGUUUGUGAAUUAGAUAAAAUGAUGUUGAGUUAUAAUAAAGCUGGUGUUAAUUGUAAUUUAGGAGAAAUGAUGGAAGCUUAUUGUUCGGGAAUGUUAUUUAAUGGUAUGGAAGAAGAAAUGAAGAAAUUUACUUCAGACGUAGUAGAUUAUUAUUUGAAAAAUUACAAUAAAUGA